AUGAGCGACCUGAGGUCAACUGUUCAAUUUGUUUCGGACAAGCUUGAUGAAUCUGUGCGAGUCAUGAAAGACGUAAAGACAGAGUUUGCUGUUUUAAAAAAGGAAAACGAAAAUCUUCGCAUUAAGAACAUAAGUCUAACAAAUGAAGUAGCUAAACUAAAUGAGAAAGUUAGAGCGUUAGAUCAAUAUUCUAGAAAGAACAAUGUUGAAAUCAGCGGUCUUCCAGUCACCCCGCAGGAGAAUGUUGUCGAGCUCGUCAAAGGCGUCGGAACAGCCCUGGAGAUGGAGAUCGACAAGAAGGACAUCUCAGCAGCUCACAGAGUACCGACAUUCAGGAAGGAUCGCCACCCUCCACUUAUUGUCCAGUUCGUCAGCAGAAUGACCCGAGACAAUAUUAUUGGCAAGUUCAGGGAGAAGAAAAAGAUGACAGCUCAAGAUGUCAACGCGUCCUUCCCAACAGACAGUAUGUACGUAAACGAGCAUCUAUCUCCGGACAAUAAGGUAUUCCUGUCAAACUUAAAAGCCAGGUGUAAAGAAAUAGGAUAUACGUAUGCAUGGUGUAGGGACGGCAGGGGGAGAAGUAUAAAAAAGUUGACAGUUAUGAUGAACUAA